GUGCAGUAUAGAUGGAUGUAUCUGUAUGAGCGGUAUAUGUUCCAUUUGAAGAAGAUGGUGAAAAAUUUAAGUAGGGUGCAAGGUUCUAUAGUCGCACAGAUGAUCAAUGAAGAAACUUCAAACUUUGCCGAGUACUGCUUUCUAGUAGAAGUUCAGACCAAAAACAGAAGACCUGCUCGGCAUGAUGAUAGAGCCGAACAGACAACAUAUCAUGUUACGGUUCCAGACAUUUUCACAGACGUUGGACGACUUAGCAGAAAACCAAAGGACCGUCGACUUACUGAGCAGGAGCACAGUCAUUUGCAAACAUAUUUGUUCCCAACUGCGAAGAUGUUCUUCAAUAUGAGAGGUAAAUAAAUUAGCUUACAAAUUUUUAUUUUAACAAGUUGAAAUUUAAAUCUUAAUUAAUUACAUUAUUGUCAUCAUAUGUACAGGAUUUUCAUGACAGAAAAGCGGUUCGAAUAUAGAUACGCCACAGAGGACGAACUAGAAGAAAUGAAGCAGAGAAAAUUUGCUGGAUGGAUGUUUACUUAUGUGUCUGCUGGUUUGGCCAGAGGUGAAACAUUUGACGAUUGGAUACGCGAGAUGGUCGUUGGACCAAACUUUGUUGUGAAGUCAUAUCCGAGAUUUUGUACUCGAGGAUAUGCAUUCACAACUCAGAAGAGGAGACGUUCAAGUACGACUUAUGAUGCUGGCGUUUGUUCUGCAUCAGGAGAUGAUGUAUACUACGAACAUAUACAUGAGAUUUUGGAAAUCAAGUAUUUGGGCAUGGUUGGAUUGCGCUGUACUGUUUUCUAUUGUGAUUGGCACGACAACACUCCAGAUCGAGGUGUGAUAACAGAUGCAUUUGGUGUUACAUCAGUAAAUUCGAGGCGAAAGCUGCAAUAUUAUGAUCCUUUCAUUCUUGCUUCUCAGGUCGAUCAGGUAAUUAAAUGUUAAUUAUUCAGAAGGAUUCAUCAUCAUGUGUAUUAAUUUAUAAUUUUACUAAUAAAUUUUUAAAUGUUACAGUUUUGUUAUAAUUUUUAA